UCCUGCUCGCGAUCAGGGCUGACGUUCCUACCCCUUCCCCCUCUCGACUGGGGUCAUGGGGGUUCUUGCGGGAGGGGGAAUCGAGGACCAGGCUGGGAAACCUGGGACGCUCGGUGCUUUCUCCCUAGACAGGGCUAAUUGCCUGGCGGCGGGACCGUUGGCUGCAGCGCGGGCAGAGGUGGCCCUGGAAGGGGGUGGGAGGUAUUGAGGGUUUCUUUGCCCCCUAUGUCCUCUAAGCCGCACGUGAAGGUCCGCUAACCUCUCUGGAGCGAGGCAAGGCGAGGGCACACCCGCCUCCGCGGGCGCGAGAGGAAACUUGGCGCGCGGGGUUUUCCGCGGCGCAUGGCCCUUGGUGCUUCGUGGGCGCCGGGGUGGCCUGAGGACCGGUCUCCCGGCACCCUAAUGAGCCUGGGCUGUCUGCUCCCCGACCCCCCCGAGGACUGCCGCAGCGACGGCGGCAGUAGCAGCGGUUGCAGCAGCAGCAGCAGUAGCAGCGCCGGGGAGCCCGGAGGCACCGAGAGCAGCUCGUCCCCGCGCGCGCCGGAGCCUGAAACUCCAGAGCUCCACGACGCCGAAGGCCCCGAUGGACACCUGGCAGCGAUGCAGCGCCCGGUUGCCAGGUCAAAAAUCAAGUUUACCACAGGCCUGUGCAAUGACUCCGUGAUUCACAACUGUGACCUGUGUGGCAAGAGCUUCCGCCUGCAGCGCAUGCUCAACCGUCACCUCAAGUGCCACAACCAGGUAAAGAAGCACCUGUGCACCUUCUGCGGCAAGGGCUUCAAUGAUACCUUCGACCUGAAGAGGCACGUUCGCACACAUACAGGCAUCCGCCCCUACAAAUGUGAUGUGUGUUUCAAAGCCUUCACCCAGCGAUGCUCCUUGGAGUCCCACCUGAAGAAGAUCCACGGCGUGCAGCAGCAGUAUGCCUACAAGCAGCGUCGGGACAAACUCUAUGUGUGUGAGGAUUGCGGCUACACGGGCCCCACCCAGGAGGACCUGUAUCUGCACGUGAACAGUGCCCAUCCAGGUAGCAUGUUUCUCAAAAAGACUUCCAAAAAGUUGGCGGCCCUUCUGCAGAACAAGCUGACGUCCCCGCCGCAGGAGAAUUCCACCCUGAGUGAGGAGGAGGAGAAAAAGUGAAGAGCAAGAGAAAGUGGAGGAGAGAUGCCCAGUGCCAUGUUUACUCGGACUUUCGGUUCUGAGGUGUACCUCUCCUCGGCCCCGCCGGUUCUUUUUAGUGACAAAUACUCAGUCCACCUCUCUUUUCUUUUGGGACAUCAAUGGUAAGAUGCAUCCCAAAGUUGUCACUCGUUCUGCCACAACAGGCCCUGUACCGUGUUUCUGUUUUCUUGGUGGCUGAGAUCACGUACGGGUUCUUUUGUGUGUGUGUGUGUGUGUGUGUGUGUGUCUAUGUUACUUGUAUUUUUUUUUCUAAUGGAAUUCUCAGACAUGAAUAGAGGGGUGUUCUUAAAGAGACCAUCAUCUUAUGGUGCCUUGAAACGCUACUCAAGCAAGGAAAAUGUAUAUUCUUCUGAAAGAGUUUACAGAAACUAUUUUAAUAAAUGAACUGUUCGUGUGAAA